AGCGCUGCGAGGGACAGACGACUCCGCUCACAAAAAGCCGCUGCAGCGCUGGGGCAAGUGGAGGUGCCUCCACGCCUCGUGAGGCGCCCCAAAGGGAAGCGUCCCCAACAGCGGCCUCACCCUCCGCCUUGCCAUUGCCGCUUUAAGCGGCAGGCCACGCCGGGCGGUGGGCAGGGUCCCCGCGCCCCCUCUUUCCCACGUGGUCUCGGUGCCUGUGAAUUUCAAUCGCUGGAGGGUCUCGGUGCAGUCAGCGGUCCCAGAGCUUCGAGCGGCCAUCCAUCCAUCCGGAGAACGGCUCUACGGGGCGCCGGAUCCUUUCUGCUGGACCGACUGCUCUCGGUGCCUGGCCCGCCCGGCCGCAGCCACCAUGAGCGAAGGCAGCCCCGAUCAGGAGAACCGCGGGACUGCACAGCCGCCGGUACCGAAGCAACGGAGUGAGCCAGCGGCAGCCUAAGGCCAGCAGCGGGAGGAGGAGAAUGCGACGAGCGGAUCUGGCCGGGCUGGGCUCCGUGGCCGUGCUCUGGCUGCUGGCUUUGGCUUCCCUGCUGGGGCUGUGGGGCGAGCGGAUUGCGGAGCCGGGGGGCAUCGGACCGGGCUUCCCGCAGGAGCAAUCUGGAUCGAGGUUGGGGAGCCUGAGGGAAGAGGCUGAAGCGCCAGCAGCUUCCAGUCGUCGCCUCGCCCUUUCCAAUCAAGCUGCCCAGAAAACUUUCCGAGCGCUGCUCACGCUGCCGGGACAGCCUCGAGAGCCCCAGGACGGGCCGAGCGAAAGCGGACAGGAGCCGCCGCCUUCGGUUCUUCGUCAGCGGGAGAUAGGCAACUUGGAGCCGCUGCCCGCCUCGCCGGUGCGCGGGGGGAUCUUCUGGAGCCGGGCACUGGAGGCUCAGGUGCCGCCGGGCUUCUCGGCCGAGGAAACAGCCUCGUGGCUGCAGGCGGCCCGGGAGGCGCGCGUCGUGUCCCUGGAGCGGGGCGGCUGCGGGCGCAGCUCCAACCGGCUGGCGAGGCUUUCGGACGGGAGCCGCGCCUGCGUGCGCUACGGCAUCAACCCAGAGCAGAUCCAGGGCGAGGCGCUCUCUUAUCACCUGGCCGAGCUGCUGGGCAUCCAGGGGCGCCUGCCGCCGCUGGCGCUCUCGCGGGUGGAGGCGCGCGGCGGGCAGUGGGCGCAGGUGCGCGAGGAGCUGCGCGGCUCCCACUGGGCCGAGGGCGCCGUGGUGAGCCUGGCGCAGUGGGUGGACAACCUGACCGACGUGGUGGCCCCCGCCCCGUGGCGCGCCGAGGCGGGCCGGCGCCUGCAGCCGCUGGCGGCGGGAGAGCUGCGCGGCCUGGCGCCGGCGCAGCUGGUGGAACUGGUGCAGUGGAGCGAUCUGAUCCUCUUCGACUACCUGACGGCCAACUUCGACCGGCUGGUCAGCAACCUCUUCAGCCUGCAGUGGGACCCCCGCGUGAUGCAGCGGGCCACCAGCAACCUGCACCGCGCCCCCAACGGCGGGCUGGUCUUCCUCGACAACGAGGCGGGCCUGGUGCACGGCUACCGGCUGCUGGCCAUGUGGGACAAGUACAACGAGCCGCUGCUGCGCUCCCUCUGCCUCUUCCGCGAGGCCACCGCCCAGCGGGUGCGGGAGCUGCACCGCCUGCGCAACGCGGCUGCCGAGCUGCGCCGCCUCUACCGGACGCGGGAGCCGCUGGCCGAGGCGCUGGGCUUCCUCUCCGACCAGCAAGCCCAGCUUCUGCAGGACCGCGUCGACUUGGUCCACAAGCAUAUUUUACACUGCAAAGCCAGGGCCGCCGGCUCGCUGUGACUCGCUGCCUAGUUGGACCCCAGGAGGGCCGCAACAAGGGGACCCAGCGUUGGGCCUUUCCUCCUUCAUGGGCUCCUGCAAGAUCACCCUUCCGGCAAGGGAUGGAGGUGCCUGUCAGGUGUCUCUAGUUGCGAGCUUGCUGACAUUUCACACAGGAAUGUGUGAGGAGGCCAACUGAAAACGAAGUUGGCAAUAACACAGGCUUUGGGGGAAGGGGCAGGGGAGCCAGUAUUGUGCGUGGUUCUCUGGUGUUUUGUUAUGGGGACCCAUCAGAAUGUGCUCCUUGAUAUUCUCAUUUUAUGCUCCAGGCACUCAAUUUCCAGUAACACUGCGUUGUCUUCAGUACCAGUGCUGCCAGAUUUAUUGCCAGUCCACAAAUGAGAGCUGAGUAGGCUUAUAUAUUUGGGGAGGAUGCACUAAAAGACACAUUUAUGCCUCUUUUUUUGAGGUGUGAUUUGAAAUGUUGCCCCCUUUCUGCACUAUUGUCUGUUAUAAGACUAAUAAUCCUUCCUCUGCACAGCCCUUCCCCUCAAAAAACCCAUUUCUUAAUGUUUAACAGGGCUUUGAGGGACCUGCUGAAUGGUCAGGAAGUGCUUGGUGCUGUGGCAUUGCUGACCCAAAAUGUAUAGACCUGACCAGCUCCUUGAAUAGGAAACUAUUUGUUUUAAGCAUACAAAUCUCACUGUUUUAGCUUCACCACAGGUUUCACUUCCCAGAAUGGAUGUUUUUCUACUGAAUCUUAAUGACUCUUCUUAAUAAUUCACUUUGGUAAAAGGCUCUGUAUUGACCAUAUUUGGAAAGGGGCCAUCUAUUUUUUCCCUUCUAGUGGGCCAUUCAAAAGUAUUCCCUGCCAGGCUUUUCAUUUUUUAAAAAUUAAAAUAACUUUAAAAACUGAAUAGCAUUUAUAAUCCAAUAACUGCUGCCACGCUUCUUCAGUUGUUGAAUUAGGGAAAAUACCCCUCCCAUGGCCCUGUUUUUUCUUGUUGAUCUCCCCAGUGCAAAUGGAUGUACAUAAUAUCAAAACUAGUAAGUGUGUAGGAAACGCUGCUGUUCCAGUAGCUCUUAACCUUUGCGGCGAGAAACAAAAUUCUUUCCUUUCUCGCCAUGUCUGUUUUAUAUGUAACAUUGCUGUACAGUAAAAUAAUUGACUAAUGGGGUAACAGAGGAAAAACAAUUCCCAGGUUUAUAGUAUUUGUCAAUGUAGUAAAUUUUUGAUGCAUUAGUCACACAGGAAGAAAAUCAGUUUCAUGCACUUUACUUUGACUUUUCUUAUUUUUUUUUUAUGAAAAGGCCUUUUAUUUUUUAAAAAACUGCAUUUUAGGUACAUAAUGUAUGUUCCUAAGCUGUUCUGUAACAUA